UUUCGUUUUGACAAUUUUUUAGUGAAAUAAAUUGUGAAUUUUUACUUCUAUUUUAUUAUUUGUUAUUCUUUUGCAAAUCCUAAAAUCAAGUUAGAAUCCUAGGGCUUGAAUCAAGCCUCCCUGCGCGAACCUAGCUCGUAAAUUCCAAUGGCGUGAGCUGCUCCAUCGACCAAAAUUCAUGGGCUCGUUGCAGAAACGCACGAAGGUUCUUGAGGAUGCAGAAGAUAGGAUCAGCAAACUCUCAGACUCCAUUCUCUGUCACAUCCUCUCUUUUCUGCCCACCAAAGAUGCUGGCAGAACCAGCAUUCUAUCCACCCGUUGGAAGUACCUCUUCUUCUCCAGCCCAACUCUCGACUUCGACGAUUCUUUGCGCUUAUACCUAGGUAAGUGCAAUUUAAACUCUCGUCGCAAUUUCGUGAACUUCGUGUACAGAGUGUUGCUUCUGCGUAGUUCAUUGCAUUUGAAUCGAUUUCGUCUAAAAUGCCGAGUGAAACACAAUGACCCACAUGUUAAGACGUGGAUAUCUGCCGCUGUAUGCCGUAAUGUUCAAGAACUUGAGCUUAAGCUUGAUAUAUCGCAUGAUUUGACAGAAGACGGGAACUCGGGUUUGCUGCCUAACGAUCUCCUUAAUUGUCGAGCGCUAGUUGUUCUAAAACUGGAUGUGAAUGGUGACCUCAAUGUUCCUAGUGAUGUUUCUUUUCCGAGUCUGAAGAUCCUUCAUCUCCAAUCUCUUUUUAUUGAUUAUGACUCUUAUAAGAGGAUCUUAUCCGGCUGUCCUGUGCUGGAAGAUUUACUGACAUAUGACUGUAUGUUUGUCCAGAAGGUACAAGCCUUUGAUAUUUCAAUUCCUACACUUAAAAGGCUUACAUUGGGGUUGCAAUACUUGUCAACUAGAGGUAAUUUUUAUGAGAGUGAAGUUGUGAUUGAUGCUCCGUGUCUUCAAUACUUCCGAUACUCGGGCAAUGCGGCAAAAAACUAUACUCUGAAGGGGCUAACCUCUCUGGCUGAAGCUCACAUAUGCAUCGUGCUGAGUGCUUGCCAAGAUAGGUUAUCUUACGGUUCGCCCUUAAGUGAUCUUUUCAAAGCAAUCUCCAUGGUGGAGUCUCUUCAUUUAUCUGGAUGUUCUGUGCGGGUUGUCAAAGACACUCAAUGCUGGCUCCCCACAUUUCCUAACUUGACCCGUUUGGAGCUUGAUUCUGACCAUGAUACUGGGUUGGUGCUGCUGCCGCAGUUACUUUACAGUUCACCUAAACUUGAAGCGCUAGUCAUUGGGGAGGGUUUUGUAGAUGUCAAAGAAAGUUUGAUUAAUUUCCCAGAUUCUUCGUCUGGCUGUCUAUCACAUCUCAAAGAAGUUGAACUAAAGGAAUUCAAUGGGAAGGAAGAUGAACUACAACUGGUAGAGUAUUUAUUAGAGAGUGCUGAGGUUUUAGAGAAGAUGACAAUUAGUUAUUUUGGUCUAGAGCAAUUUGAGAUGGACCUGCAUAUCGGCAAAAAAUUAUUGACAUUUCCAAGGCAUUCAAAGGCAUGUCGCAUCUUCCUCAAUGUAGACCUAAAAGAUGAAACAAAUUUUCUAAACCAUUUUUGGUACAUGCCUGAACCUGUGUAAAAGAAGAUACAUAACUAGUACAAUGAAGCAAAUGAGAAGAAACUGCUACAAUUCUACAGGACUUUUUGUAUUGGGAGGUAUCUUUUCAUUUUCUUUUUCUUCCUGGUUUUAAUGGAUUUGUCUUUGUUGUAAGCAUAUAGCUUUCUUUAUGCUACAUAAUUUAUGUGUUGUUACACUUCAAUUUGUCUUUUCUUGAAAAAAAUUGUGUAUGAAUUCUAGAGUUCUAUUAAGGGACAGUGCAAGGAAAUGCUUAGGAAUGACAGCAAAA